CUAUAUUUGAACACUUGGGCAUAUUGGGUUAUGACCUUGUUUACAUUAUUGAAAAGUUCACUCAUAACUUGAAUGCAUGAUGGACCCAAAAUCCUUGUCAGUUGAAGAUCCAACAGCUACUUACCCCUUCAUACCAUACAAAGACUGGGUUUUCAUGCCAACACCAGCAAUAAGGACAAAGGGACCAGAGAAACACUUCCAAGACAUUCACGAUUAUGAAACCAGAGAAAGUGACAUCAUCCUUUGCUCGUCCCAAAAAUCUGGAACGCAUUGGAUACAUGAAAUUAUGUCUAUGCUCAUGAAGCAAACAACGGAGUAUAACUCACUUGGACCGUGGUGGGAGUUGAAUUUAGAGUACCUUCGACAACCGGAAGAGGUGAAAAAAAUUACUGGUCCCCGUAUAUUCAGUACACAUCUACCAUUUAGUUUCUUACCACGGACACAUGUAGACAAUGGUCACAAGAUUGUGUAUCUCAACAGGAACCUGAAGGAUAGAUAUGUAUCACUUUACACGUUCUUGCAAGGAAAACUUGGGGUCCCCAAAUGGACUUGGGCAGAAUUCUUUGACGACUUUGUUUUGGAAGAUAACUUGUAUACUGGAUGGUUUAAUUACACGAAAGAAAUGAUUGCAGCUACCAAGAACAAGUCGAACAAAAUAUUUUCUGUCAUGUACGAAGACCUUCUCAGUGAUCCAAAGAAACAUAUUACUGACCUAGCUAAUUUUUUAGAAGUCCCAUACACUGACGAAUUUAUAAAUGACAUCGUAAUAAAAUGUAGUUUCAAAAACCUGAAGGACCAUAAAUUAGAUGUCUGUUCUAUUAUUGAUACAGAUAAGAAAUCAACGCUAUUCAGGAAAGGUUUAAUUGGUGAUUGGAAGAAUUGGUUUACUGUAUCACAGAACGAAAUAAUGGAAGCCAUCUACAACAAAGAAAUGAGAGAUGUAGACGUGAAAUUUAAAUAUGAAUAGCUUAAUAAAUGUUGUAU